UGAUUGAUUCCUAUAAAUCGUAUGCGUAGUCAUUUUUAUUUAGAAACGACGAAGACGGCCAUCAACAUCCGUUUUUUGGACGGGAACGAAGAAAACAUUAGAUUUUUCGAUUGUUUGUAGUCAUACUGUUUUUCAAACUCUGUCCCUUAUGUACAGUCAUCCUACAUCUUACGACAUCUUUAAGCAAUUCAACUGGAUUAUAUGAAAGUUUUCUUGCACGAUCUCAUACAUAUACAUUAUAUUUAUAUAAUAAGCGAAAGAUAUAAAUUUCAGCCCGACUCUUAAUAAAACUAGUGGGUACCAAAGUAGACACUAUGACAGUAUAAAGUUCCAUUAGGAUGAUUUACUUAGAUACAGAAAAUAAAGAAAGAAGAAAAAGCAGUUUGGAGAUGACGAGAAUAAGUAGUAAACAGUGAUCAUGCAACAUCGAAGCAAUACAACAUUGCGUAACAUCAUUACCAUGAGUUAUUCGCGAAUUUACGGUGACUAGAUUUAAUCCAAUUUGACGCGAUCUUCGAAAAAUGACGACAUGCAAAAAAAGAACAGUGUCGAUAAACGCAUUUGAUGCAAAAAAAUAUUUGAUGAGAAAGUUGGUGUCUGGAGCAGGUGAUAUUAAAAUCACAAAAGAUGGAAAUGUAUUAUUGCAUGAAAUGCAAAUUCAACAUCCAACAGCAUCUCUGAUUGCUAGAGCAUCCACUGCUCAAGACGAUAUUACCGGGGAUGGCACAACUAGCACAGUAUUAGUCAUUGGAGAGCUUCUAAAACAAGCUGAUAUUUAUAUAUCCGAGGGUCUUCAUCCUAGAAUGCUGACAGAAGGUUUUGAGCUGGCUAGAGUGAAAACUUUGGAAGUAUUAGACUCCUUGAAGAUUCUGAUUGAGCCCACAAAGGAAAAUCUAAUGAGCAUUGCUAGAACAUCGCUUAGAACUAAAGUCCAUCCUACUGUAGCUGACAAACUAACAGAAGUCUGUGUGGAUGCAAUUUUGACUAUUAGACAGAAAGAUCAAGAAAUCGAUCUCCAUAUGGUUGAAUUAAUGGAAAUGCAGCAUAGAACUGCAGCAGAUACUAACUUAGUUCGUGGUAUUGUAACUGACCAUGGAUCUAGACAUCCAGAUAUGCCUAAGAGAGUAGAGAAUGCUUACAUACUAACUUGCAAUGUUAGUUUGGAAUAUGAAAAGAGUGAGGUGAAUAGUGGAUUCUUUUACAAAACUGCUGAAGAGCGUGAGAAAUUGGUAGCUGCAGAACGUGAAUUCAUCGAUAAUCGGGUAAGAAAAAUAAUCGAACUAAAAAAGAAAUUAUGUGACGGAACGGACAAGUCGUUCGUCGUCAUAAAUCAGAAAGGCAUUGACCCACCAUCCUUGGAUAUGCUUGCCCGGGAAAAUAUUUUGGCUUUGCGUAGAGCAAAACGUAGAAAUAUGGAACGUUUAGCACUGGCCUGUGGUGGAACAGCUAUGAAUUCCUUUGAUGACUUAACAGAAGAACACUUAGGAUGGGCUGGACUUGUAUACGAACAUGUAUUGGGAGAAACAAAAUAUACAUUUAUUGAAGAAUGCAAGAAACCGAAUUCCGUAACAAUCCUGCUAAAGGGCCCAAAUAAAUACACUUUAGAGCAAUUGAAAGAUGCUGUAAGAGAUGGUCUAAGAGCUAUUAAAAAUGCUAUUGACGAUCGCGCGGUUAUUCCUGGUGCUGGUGCUUUCGAAGUAGCUGCUAGUCAAGUACUCCAUCAAUAUAAAGAAAAAGUGAAAGGAAAACAACGCUUGGGUGUACAAGCUUAUGCAGAAGCUUUACUUGUCAUUCCAAAAACUCUUGCUGUAAAUAGUGGAUUUGAUGCACAGGAUACAAUUGUUAAAUUAUUAGAAGAAAGGUCUAUAUUAGGUGAAGCAGUAGGAUUAGAUAUUUCUUCAGGUGAAGCAUUGAAACCUACGGAUGCUGGUAUUUAUGAUAAUUACAAUGUGAAGAAACAAAUUAUUAAUUCGUGCACGAUUAUUGCCAGCAAUCUCCUUCUGGUUGAUGAAAUUAUGAGGGCAGGAUUAUCGUCUCUGAAAGGUUAAACCAUACGGAUCGAACGCUUCAUAAUUUUAUGAUUCUUUCAUCUAAUUUAAAUAUUGUAUUUGCACGAUUUCUAUUGAACCUUCUGCAUAAUUUCUAUGUUUUUAUAUGCUUUUAAAUAACAAAAGAAUUGCACAGCGUAAUAAAUAAAAAUGCUACUUUUAAAUUAAAAAAUUCGGAAAUGAUAAAAACGUGUAUUUGUGAAAUUUCCUCACUGAUCGAGAUAUAUGUGAUCUCGGAUUGCAAAAUGGUAGUUUCGAAUACAACUUUGUACAAUUAAUGAUUUAAAUAAAAAAGAAGAAUGAAAUAA